GCUGCCGCGCACGCGCCGGCCCCGCUGCUCGUCCCCCGGUCGGCCCGUCCGCCAAGUCUCGCGAUGCUUUAGGCCGCGGCUCCCGCUGCGGGUGGCUCCGCUGUUGCUGUGGUUGCCUUAGUUGCUGCGGCGGCGGCGGCGGCGCCGGUGGAGGUGUCGGCCCCGGAGCGGAUGUUGACAUUGUCUGUUUUUACGGCUUGACGGUAAUGGCGGCGGCAGUGACGGCCGGGACUCCGUCCGCCCUACCGUAGUCCCCCAGGAGAACCAGCGACGGAUCAGAACGAGCUGAGCGGCCCUCCCCGAGCGCCGGCGGUUGCGACUCUCCCCUUCUUCACCCUUCCGCCGCUCUCUCACCCCAGCCCCGGGACUCAAGCCCCCUUCGGGCCGGGGCAGGGAGGGGGGAGGGCCUGCGAGGCCUCAGCAUGGCGGAUUUCGACGAGAUCUACGAGGAGGAGGAGGACGAGGAGCGGGCCCUGGAAGAGCAGCUGCUGAAGUACUCGCCGGACCCCGUGGUGGUUCGCGGCUCCGGUCACGUCACCGUAUUUGGACUGAGCAACAAAUUUGAAUCAGAAUUCCCUUCAUCAUUAACUGGAAAAGUAGCACCUGAAGAAUUUAAAGCCAGCAUCAACAGAGUUAACAGUUGUCUUAAGAAGAACCUUCCAGUUAAUGUCCGUUGGCUACUUUGUGGUUGCCUUUGUUGCUGCUGUACGUUAGGUUGCAGUAUGUGGCCAGUUAUUUGUCUCAGUAAAAGAACACGAAGAUCGAUUGAGAAGUUAUUAGAAUGGGAAAACAAUAGGUUAUACCACAAGUUGUGCUUGCACUGGAGACUGAGCAAAAGGAAAUGUGAAACGAAUAACAUGAUGGAAUAUGUCAUCCUCAUAGAAUUUUUACCAAAGACACCGAUUUUUCGACCAGAUUAGCAUUUGCUUUAUUUAUAGAGACUUAUCCAAGUAUGUUGUCUUUCCAAUGGUGCCUUGCUUGGUGCUCUCCUGGUGGUGACAUAGCAUUGGUUCUACAGAAUCUUGUGGUGUUUUUUUUUUUUUUAAAUAACCGCAUGUUCUAAGUGUGCAUUUUUGUCAGACUUUGCAACAGUUAUUUCAUACAGAUGUUAAACAAUUAAGUUAUUGUGCUUUUUCUGUUAAUGUAUUCUGAUUUUCAAAGAUUACUUUUUUGUAUUAUCAAAAAAAUACAUUUGAACAUAGCCUAAAAGUGACCAGGCUUUUUUUAUUUUUAACCCAAGGUUCACGAUCCCUUCAUUGUAAAUUCCUUUAACAUAAACACACUUUCUGUGACUCUUUGUGUAUCAUUCCCAGUGGAUAUGCUUUAUUUUAUAUUCUUUAUUUCUUAAUUUAAUCAAGGUAUCCCUUUUGAAAUAGUGAAUUUUCCAUACUAGUCUUUUUGAGACUUAAAUCUCCAUUCCCCAAGUCCAGCUCCCAAUCCUUACCCCUCUUCUGAGUAGUAAUAUCUAUGUUCAUUCAUGGAUAAAUCAUAUCAAAUAGUUCUGAAAAAUAUUCUACCUUCAAUGUUGUUAAAACAGACAUUGAAUUAUUUUGUCUAGAAUAGGAGAAUUGAUUAAAGGUAUGCAUGCAUCUAAUGGUUACUAGAGCUCAGGAUCACAGAAAACAUAGUAGCAUCACAACCUACAUAUAUCUUUAUUCAAGGUUAUAUCUUUAAUCAUGGCCUUACUUGGGUUACUUUUUAUUGUUUACCAAAUCUUAUAUACCAAGGUGCAGAAAUAUUAAUUUUUAUUAAGUAUUUGUCCAAGGAACACAUUUUCCAUGACAUCUUCCUUGCAGUUCUAGAUUGGAUAAUCUUUAAAAGUCUUGAAAAAUUCAAUAAUGGAGAUAAAUACAUGUCAUUACCUAAUCUCCAAAGGAUAAAUAGGGUAUGUAAGACAGUAGUGAGAACUCAAGAUAUGGAGAAGACAGUUUGUGUAUGUGAUGGCUCUUUUAAAAAUUUUUAUCCAUUAGAGCGACUUAAUUUUCUGCACAAUUGUUUAAGAAUUUUUUUUUCAUGGGGAUGUGACCUAUUCUUGAGUCAGUCCAGUUAUAUUCAUUGUAUCAUUUUUUUCUUUUGGUUGUAUAUACCUUCAUGCAUUUAAAUUUUUUUUUACUUUUCAAUGGUGUAUAUGUAAGUUUUUGUUCUUUUUAUAAGCCUGGAGUUAUACAAAUUUUAAUGUAUGUUAAAAAUUUGUUCCAUACAGCUGUGGUAUCGAGCAAUAAUGUGAAUAAUUUUGAAAAAUAUAUACUCUGAUUAAUACUUUGUAUUAAGAAUUGGUACCACUACAAAAUACCUUCCUCCUUGUAUUAAAUCUUUUAAAUACCAGUUUCAUUAAUUUAUACAUCUGUAUUUUUUAAGUGUUCAGUGUAUUUCUCCAUAGUACUGUAUUCUCUAAAAUGGUUGAAUAUCAUCUUAUAUUUGACAUCAGGAACUGUCUGAAUAGCUUAUCAUUUUUUUUUCCUGAGAAUUGUUUACCUUUGGUGCCCAAAAUAAUAGUAACUAUUUGAAAA